AUGGCCUGGCGUGGCGGACCGGCCAAGGCGCGGUCGACGACGCGUCUGCCUGCAGCGCUGCGUGAGGAGCUUGGGCUUGGCGAGAAUGGCGCACCGGAGUCGGGGCGGCGGCCGAGCGCGAAGCGCCCACGUCUGAAUGCGGCAGCAGCACGCAAAGAGCAACGAAAAGAGCAGCGUCACGCAAAGCAUGGACGCAAACCGACACAGAAGCGCGAUGCGUGGCGCCAGGAAGAGGCGCAGCGCUCGGUACAGAAACAGCGCGAACCUGCUCCUGGGCCAAAGGCGCCGCAGCCGAAAGCGCCGCAGCCAAAGGCGGCACCACAGCCCAAGGCGGCACCCAAAGCGGCGCCCAAGCCAAAAAAGAGCAAGGCUGAACCGGAAGAGAUGCGCACAGUCAUGGAUCCCAUCACGGGUGAAAUGCGUACAGUGACACAAAAGAAGGCGUCCAAUGGGCCGUCCAAGCUCGAACAGCUCAUGGAGCGCACUGGCCAGCGCCCGCUCAACGAACAAGAGCCGGUCGAGCGCCAGCGGCCGAUGACGGCUGCCGAAAGGGACGAGGAAGACGAGAUCAAGUGGCUCGAGUACCAGCUAUAUGGAAAAAAGAAGCGUGCGGCUCCUGAAGAGACGGACGAUUUGGAUUACUUGCUCGACGAUUUGGAUAAGCUGCAGGCGGGACUUGAUCAAGAGGCCGCGGCGAAGGAGGGCGACGCGGAGGGCGACGAGGAUGGAGAAGAGGGUAAUGAGGAGGGAGAUGAGGAAGAAGAGGAGGGAGAAGAGGAAGAGGACGAGGACGAGGAUGAGAAGAAUGGAGAGGAAGAGGAAAAUGACGACGACGACGACGACGACGAUGACGCUGACGACGACGACGCUGCAUCGGACGAAUUCGAGUUUGCCGACGACGAUACCGACACGUACGACGUCGCACUGAACAAGGAAGGCCUCGAUGACCUCGACAACCUCGAUGUCGACCUGGACGAAGACGACCUCGGCGGCGACUUCGACGACCUGGACGAGGCCCUCGACACGAUGGAGCACGAUGCAUCCCCCUCUCCGCCUCCUGAAGCACCGAGCGGCCCCUCCAAGUACGUCCCUCCUGCAAUGCGCGCAGCUGCCAAGGAAAAAGACGAAGCGCAUGCGCUGCAGCAGCAAAAGCUGCGCCGCCACGUCAACGGUCUGCUGAACCGUCUUGGUGAAGGCAACCUCGAUACCAUUCUUGGCGAGCUCGAUGGACUGUACCGCACGUAUGCGCGUGGCGACGUGACGUCGAUGCUCACGACGCUUGUCCUCGACACGGUGGCGGCGCGUACGCAGCUGAGCGAGACGAUUGUCGUGCUGUACGCCGUGCUCAUCACUGCGAUGCACCGCAUUGUCGGUGUCGAGUUCGGCGCCUACUUUCUGCAAGAAUGCAUGUCGCGUUUCCUGCGCGUCUACAACGAGCUCCUCGCGCGCCCCUCUGCGUCCGACGAAGACAAGAGCGCGGGGAGCCGCGAGUGCGUCAACCUUGUGCUGCUGCUGUGCCACAUGCUGAACCACAAACUGCUGUCUGCCGGCCUGAUCUACGACCUCGUGCGCCUCCUCCUCGGCUACGACUUUAGCGAGAUGCUGCCGAAUGUCGCCACGCCCAAGCCCAUGGCCGAAGUCGAUAUUGAGCUUGUGCUGCGCAUUGUACAGAGCUGCGGCCAGCAGCUGCGGCGCGAUGACCCAGCCUCGCUCAAGACCAUUGCCGAGCUGACCAAGGAGCGCUUGGAUGAGGCGAAGAGCAACACGUCGCUUGUCGCUGACUCGAGCCGUGCGCGGUUCAUGCUCGAGGCGCUGCUCAACCUGCGCCAGAACAAGAAGCAGCAGCAGGCGUCGUCUGCUGCCGAAAGCGCGCAGCGCCUCGGCAAGUAUCUCUCGACGCUCGAAAAGAAGCGCACCCUCCGCACGCACACCGCCCUGCAAGUCGGUCUGCGUGAUCUCCAAGACGCCGAAAAGAAAGGACGCUGGUGGCUUGUCGGCGCUGCGUGGACCGGGCACGAGCCGAGCGCGCCUGCGCCCGAGCCCGAGCGCGAAACGGUGCAGGACGAGACGUGGCUUCCCGACGAUGCGACGACGUCGUCGGUCGACGUCGGAGCCCUCGCGCGGUCCCAAGGCAUGAAUACGGACGCGCGCCGCGCCGUCUUUUCGACGCUCAUGACCGCGCUGGACUACAAAGAGGCCGCGCAGAGCCUCAUGCAGCUCAAGCUGAACGAUGUGCAGCGGCGCGAGAUUAUCCGCGUGCUCGUGCACUGCCUCGGCAGCGAGCAAGUGUACAACCCCUACUAUGUGCUGAUCGGCCAGCAGCUCGCCGAGGACCUCCCUGGCAUGCGUAUCACGAUGCAGUUUGUGCUGUGGGACUACUUCCGCGAGAUUGGCGAGACGCACGUCGGCGGCGAAAAGAUCACUGCGCAGCUCGAGGACGACGCGGCGCCCGAGGUCGAUGGGGCCGACGGCAAGCGCAAGCUCGUGCACCUCGCGCGUGCCUAUGGCUACUGGAUCGGGCACCAAGCGCUGAGCCUCAAUGUCCUGCGCCCGGUCGACUUUACCAGUAUUAAGGCGAACGGCGUCCGUUUUGUGCAGCAGCUGCUCACGCAUGCGCUGCUCGCGACGCAGACCAAGUCGCCGGUGCUCACGCCGGCGGUGCGUACGCGCCUCGCAAAAGAGCCGAGCGUGUCGGACCGGAGCGCGGUCGAGCGCCUCUUUGUCCAAGGCACGGUCGGCCACCCUGCGCUGGCGCAGGGCCUGCUCGUCUUUUUGCGCACGCAUCUGCGCAAAAAGGACCUCGCGCAGGCGCUCGGUGCGGGCGACAGCGCGCUCGGUCGCCUGCGGUGGGCGGCGCGUAUUGCGAUUGAUACCGUGACGGUCGGCUCGACGUCGGCUGCUGCAUAG